UUCGACCUGUCGUGUUGUUGGGUGUUCCAAAUUUGCGACAGGGAUGACGUCGCACUGGGAGAAGCUGCUCGAUUUUGACGUUCUUGAUGUAAACGUGAAAAAGUAUCGUUCAAACAAAACCGGCCUGACUCUCUGUCUAGCAGGAGUGGAAGGGCCUCUGGUGAACGGCUUUCUAACAGUUGCUACCGAAGCUCAUGAUGAUGAUGGCUUGCCUCACACUCUAGAGCAUCUUGUUUUUAUGGGGAGUGAAGAUUAUCCUGCAAAAGGUGUUCUAGAUAUGUUGGCUAACCGUUGCCUUGCUCAAGGAACAAAUGCAUGGACUGAUACAGACCACACAUGCUACACUAUGACUACCGCUGGAUGUGAUGGGUUUCUCACAUUGCUACCUAUUUAUCUUGAUCACGUUCUAUACCCAACACUCACAGAUUCUGCGUUUCUUACUGAAGUACAUCAUGUAAAUGAGGAAGGGGAGGAUGCUGGGGUUGUCUACUGUGAGAUGCAAGCAAGAGAAAAUUCUGGCGAAUCGAGAAGUCACCUUGCAAUGUUGAGAGCUCUGUAUCCAGGACAUUGUGGUUUUAAGUCUGAAACAGGUGGACUAAUGGCAAAUCUCAGAGACAGCUGUAAUAACAUCAAGGUCAGAAAGUACCACAAGAACUACUAUCGCCCUGAUAAUUUGUGUCUUAUAAUUACCGGUCAAGUGGAACUGGAUCGCUUGCUUGCGGCUAUUAAACCAUUUGAAGAGAAAAUGUUACAAAAGGGUGGUUUGCCUGCAAUGGACCGUCCGUGGACUUCGCCAGUUCCAUCGUUUUCUACGGCUGUUGAGCAAGUUGUGCAGUUUCCAUGUGAUGACGUGACCACCGGACUUGUUCGAAUAGGAUGGAGAGGACCUUUAGCAACAGAUCAUUUGGGAUUGGCAUCAGUUCAGGUAUUAUGGGAAUACCUAACUGACACUGCAGCAUCUCCACUGCAAAGAGAUCUUGUAGAGAUUCUGGAGCCAUAUUGCAGUAGAGUGAAUCACUAUGUCAGCGUGCUUACUGUCAGUUGUGUAUACCUGUCUCUCAAGAAUGUUCCUUUUGACAAACUUAGAGAAAUAAAAUCAAAAGUUGACGAGAUAUUGGUAAACCUUGCCAGUGGGAGAGAACCAAUUGACAUGAAAAGAAUGGUGUCUGUCAUUCAUCGACAAGUAUUGCAUGAAUUGGACAAGCUAGAAGACAAUGGUCAUGAAGCAUUUUCGUUUCUGUUUAUUGGAGACUUCUUAUAUUCCCAAGACAAAGAUGAACUAAAAGUCAGGGCAUCUCAAGUUGACAUUUUGAAGUCCCUAAAAGACAAAUCUUUAGAGUAUUGGACUGAUUUCUUGAGCAAAUAUUUUGUCUCUGCUCCAUCAGCAUCUAUUAUUGGAGAACCAAGUUUUGAGUUGAGCACUUCAAUGCAGGCUGAUGAGAAGGCAAGAAUUGAAGCUCAGCGGACUGUCUUGGGAGAGACAGGACUCAAAAGAAAAGGAGAGGAAUUUGAAAAUGCAACAGAUGAAAAUGAAGUUGAUCCUCCUGACGAUCUUCUUAGUUCUGUUGCAGUUCCAAGCACUGAUGCAAUUUACUUUCAUCCUUUGACUUCAUACACAAACAGAAAUGAAAGUCAAGGGACCGAUCAAUUUUGCUUUGAUGGACUAGCAUUUCAGUUUCAACUAGAUGACAUACACACCUCUUUUGUUCAGAUCACUGCAUUGCUUGACACUGCAGUUGUCCCAAAUGAGCUAAAGCACUAUUUACCUCUUCUCACAGAACUUCUUUGUGUAUCACCAAUAAUGAGAAAUGGAGAGUUAAUUUCUCACGAGGAAGUAGUCGCUCAGCUCGCAGCUGAUACUCUUCUUAGCGAAGCUCAUGUUGGUGUUGGUGGUCGCUGUUUUUUACCAGGCAGCUAUCCUCAGCUUGCAACUUUAUGUCUCAAGGUUGAAGUUGACAAUUAUGAACGUGGAGUGAAGUGGUUGCAAGAAUUGCUCUAUCGAACACAGUUUACUUCUGAAAGGAUUCAGAUAAUUGCCACCAAGAUGCUAAAUGAAAUUACAAGUCUAAAGAGGAGUGGUAGGAUUAUUGCUCGAACUUUGUCUCAUGACCUAAACUUCAUGUCAGAAAGCAAUUUACAGUCGGCAUCAUUUCUUAAACAGCAAAUCGUUCUUACUAAUGUAUUACGGCAUCUAGAAGAAGAUCCCAACAAGGUAACAAGAAGUUUACAUCAGGUUUCCAGUCUCCUGUCUCAUCCACAAAAUCUACGUAUCCACAUGGCAGCUGAUCUCAAGAGAUUACCAAACAAACCCCAUAGAGUAUGGGACGAUUUUCUUUCCGACUUUCAUUUCAAAGCUUCCAAUACAAGAGCUGCUUUGGUGCCUGUUCUUUCAUCCAGUCGCCUGCUGAUUGAUCCCUCUGCUGCACCUCCUAAUGGUUCUAUUGUUGGUGUGGGAUCUGUGGAAUCUUCUUUUCUUGUACAAACUUGUCAGGCUAUUGAUUCAUAUGCUGACCCUGAUUUACCAGCAUUAAUGGUCUUCUUGCAAUACUUGUGUGCUAUAGAGGGUCCAAUGUGGAGGCAGGUUCGGGGAUUGGGAUUGUCAUAUCAUUACAACAUGUAUCCAAAGGUGGAGGAAGGUUUGCUGUACUUUAUACUCUUCAAAUCAACUCAUCUCAUGAAAGCAUAUGAAGAAUCUAAAAAAAUUGUUGAUAGCUUUUUGAAUGGAGAAGUGGAAUUUGAUCCAAUUCAGCUAGAAUCUGCUAUUAGCAGUACAAUAUUUGACAUUGUUGAAGAUGAAGGCAGCGUAUAUGAUGCUGCAAAGCAAUCUUUGCUGUCUGAAUUUCGGCAAGUUGGUCGUGACUUCAACAGAGAACUGAUGAAGAAGGUCUCCAGUGUGACUGCAGCAGAUUUGAAUCGAAUUGGGAAGCGUUACGUAUCAAUACUGUUUGAUCCUAAGAGAUCGAGUUGUGCUGUAUGUUGCAAUCCAUCGAAAGUAGAUGAAAUUUCAGAAAGACUUAAAGAGAUGGGACGAAAACUGGAUGUACUUUCAUCAUUGGACUUCAGUCAACAGUGAAAUCAUUUCAACUACCAAAUCACACAUUGCUAGCAAAGUGUUCAGUUGUUAUAUAACGAAUCUACUGUCACUUGAUGAUA